AUGUUUCUCGGAAAUGAUGAAAUUCAUGCGCGAAGAUGCUCAACGACGAGAGGAAGCACAACAAAACAAAUUGAGCAAUUGCGGGAGGAGGCUCUACGACGAGAGGCUGCUAUUAUCGAGCUGGUCAAGAGUCAAUCGAGGGUCAACCUAACCUUGGAAGGCAACAACGGCAAUGAGGCCAUCGCUCAGUCUGUCACGAUCCACCCUCCCGAAGAGUACAUCGAACGUCAAAUCACCGCUUUCACAUACGAUCCGGUUGUUGGACUCACUUUCGACAAGUGGUACGAAUGCACUGCCACAGUUUUUGUAUCAGACCGCGGCAAGCAAGUUCCGGAAUCUGAAAAGUGCGCCAUCAUUCGCUCAAAACCAACCUCGUCGGAUUACCAGACUUUCGCUGGAAAUAUUCUGCCUAAGAAGCCGGAAGAACUUACACUCAUCGACACCGUUAAGCACCUUAAGCAACUUUUCGGUCGCAGAGAAACGAUCUUCGCACGACGCUUCAAAGUCUUGCAGAUUCAGAAGAAAUCUGAUGAAUCCUUCGCUACGUACACAGCACGUGUCAAUCAGGCAGCAGAGGAAUUUGAGCUCUCUUCAUUCGACAGCGACGACCUAAAGGUGCAACUCUUCACACAAGGCCUCGCGGCACCGACCGAUUCACGCAUCCGCAAGAAGCUCAUGGAAUUGGUGGACGAUCGACUCACGAAGCGAACGGAGGAAGGCGAUGCACCUACGACGAACAAGCUCAAGAUCAACGACAUGCUUGCUAUUGCUCAACGCAUGAUGGUCCGAGAUGAAGAAAGCAAGGUCAUCGAGAACCAACCGAGCACCAAGCAAGAAGAAAUCGCAGCUGUUGCAAGCAAGCCAAGGGGAUCUAUCCCGAAGUGUCGCAUGUGCGGUGACACUCACUGGCAUCGCGACUGUCCAUUCAUCUCGAAGACCUGCGGGUCGUGCUCAGCAACUGGACAUAAGACGGGCUUCUGCAAAUCAGUCAGAGACUUCAACGAACGAAACAAGAAAAGGGGUAAGGAACCGACAACAGUAGUGCACAUCAACGGCAUUGGCGUGGUUCUCAAACACGACACGGGCUCAGAAUGGACGAUCAUCACCGAGAAGGACUGGAAACGAUGCGGCAGUCCCAAGCUCCUCCCAUCCAAGGAAACGGCUACCAGCGCCUCAGGAGGCGCCAUCGAGUCACUGGGCUCAUUUUCUGCAGUUAUCGAACUCAAAGGACGCAUCGGAAUUGUUCCAGUCCACGUCACAAAACGCAACCUGAGCCUCUUCGGCAACAAUGCACUUGAAGCCCUCGAACUUUGGGACCAACCCAUCACGACUUAUUGCGACAGCAUCGAGACGAACCCACUGGCAGAGGAGGUAAGAAACAAGUUUCCUAAACUUUUCUCGUCUUCUCUGGGUAGAUGUACCCUUCAGAAAGCAUCCCUCAAACUAAAGGAGGGAGCUCGAGUACCAUUCUGCCGCGCCCGACCAGUUGCCUUCGGAGUCCGCAGCACGCUCGACGAGGCCUACGACAAAUUGGUCGACUGUGGAGUCUUAAUAUACUGUAGAACUGACGAACCACGGGGUCCUUAUCCUUGCG